GUUUUUAUAGCAAACAUGUGAUCCUGUGACUGCAAUUAGGUAGUGCAAAGAUACUGUAAAGCAGUAUUUGUAUAGCAGGAGUGAAAAGAUGCAGUGCAUUGUUAUAUUACUGGCUAUUUUGUUUGCGAGCAGUGGAGUAGCAGUGCCUAUCAGCUAUGCAGCAGUGCCUAUCAGCUCUGCAGUAGUGCCUAUCAGCUCUGCAGCAGUGCCUGUCAGCUCUGCAGCAGAGCCUAUCAGCGACUGUAUCAAUAGCAGCGACUACCUGAGAAUUGAAAGUUCCCUUCUGAGCAGGCCCCAAAACUUGGUAAAUUUGUAUCAAGCUUUCUUUCCCACGAAUAGACAAGCAAGUAUUUCAGUUCAAGUCACCUAUCACUUUACUGGCAACCCUACUGAUACAGUGAUCUAUCGAUGGCUUGGCUCCUCUGUCUUGAUGCUGAUUCGUAGCGACUUGCUUCAUUAUCUCUCUCUAUUCACGUACAAUGUCAAGACAAAUCACGCAAAUAUCACCCUUGACCCGAUUUGUGGGUUUCCAAGUGAUGACAAUGUAAAUACCUCAGAUCCAGUACCAAGUGACUAUUGCAAAGUGGCUAACAGCGCUGGUCAUCAUCUACUCAACAGUCUGACAGCUAAUCUUUUCUCUUAUGCUGUGCAUCGGAAUUCAGUGAUGCACAAUGGAAUUGACUCGUCAAUUGAAAAUGGAUUCUCCGUGUACGUUUUUAAUACCGAAAACCUCGGUGACUAUUGUAUCUUUGAUGAAUUUAACAACUUUUUGCAUUUAAGGACACUGUUGUUUGUUGCCUUUGGAUUCUUGGAGCUAACGAGUGUGUUUUCCAUUCCUCUGCUAUUGGGUAGUAUUUAUGGCGAGUUUAAAAAGAAAAUGAGUAGUACCGAUAAAAAUGGCAACGAAAAUAAACUUAGAUACUUUGUUUGGGCAACUCUUGUAUUGAUUGUACUGAUUAUUCCAUUGCUCUUUUGCUGUAAUUUCUAUGCGAUUUGCAAUGGCUUGAGCUCACCACGAACAAAAUAUAAAGACAUCUGUAAUGACUUUGCUAGUUAGUUAUUCACUUAGUCAUUUCCUGUUCUUAAUGUUUCCUGUGUUGUAAUGUUUACUGUUUAAUUGUACAUGCGCAUGAGUUCUUAUUACUAGUUAACACUUCUUUUGUAUAUUGCUUUGUGCUCUAGCCCGGCGGCCUGCUCCUAGCGGCGCCCUUUGUGUAUGGGAGCCUCUGCUCCACUGUCUUUGUUGUCUUAGUAUUUACCGUCCAUGUUUUGUGCAUACAGUUAGUUGAUCCAUGGUUGAAUGUUUUAAAUCUUAUCUUGAACUGCCGCACGCUGCUCGGUGCACGAACUCAACAACAUCUUUGCAGGCUUUAUAGUAAUGGCUGUUUUUAUGGUUGUUCUCCCUUUGGUGGACAUACUAACAGCAAUCGGUGUUGUGGGGAUUCUUUACUGUAUUGUCGGAAAAAAACAACAACCCCGGGAUAAUGAAGAUAAGCAUGAGAUAAACUGCUUUGGCUUUCCGGAUUUUGCGAAUACUGAACGUAGAUGCAUACGUCUAAAGAUUUUCGUUCAUGGUGUUGCCAUUUUUGUUGUAACGUGGUUCACUCAACUUGCACUUUUCAAUUCUAUUUAUGUGUUCAUUGGAGCAAUAGCUGCCCCUGUGGAAACUGGCUCACUUCUUCUCUUGUACAUUACAAGCCUCUUUGCACUGAUAUUAUUCUUCGCUGUGAUCCUUAAAGUUAUCCACAAAAUACUACCGGUAGUAGUUGCACAACUGGCAGUAGCUGCACAACCGGCAGUAGCUACACAACCGGCAGUAGCUACACAACCGGCAGUAGCUACACAACCGGAAGAAGAUACACAACAGGGAGUAGAUACACAACCGGCAGUAGCUACACAACCGGCAGUAGCUACACAACCGGCAGUAGCUACACAACAGGGAGUAGAUACACAACAGGGAGUAGAUACACAACCAAGAGGAGCACCUCCGCCAGUAACAAUUACUCGUUGUCAAGGUUGUUCGGGUUUCGCCUGCUUUAUACCUUUUCUACUUUUGGUUUUAGUACUGGGCUCUGGUAUCGGUGUUUUUGUUUCAUUCAUGUACAUCUAUAUAACAUUGAACCAGGAGUACCGAAACAAUCGCGGCAUACUGACCUUCCUUGGGGCUCUCCUCCCCUCCCUCCUUGCAUCAACCUCGGGGUAUUUCUGGACGAGGAUUAUGCCAUGCAUUGGAAAUAGGAACAGAGAACCACUAAGCGAUAUAGAAAUAAGGGAAUCAAUGGAGUCUCUACUAAGGAUUGCCAAAAGGAUAAAUCCAAAUUAAGACAAAACUGGUCAAGAUACUACACUUAAAAUGUCAGAAAAUGAUGGAGCUAAUGGAAGUGACUUUUAAAUUAUUGUACCCUAUACUAUAUUUUUCACGAGUACGUCUUCUUACUGUGUGUGUAUAAUUAAUUCUGAAUUUUGUAGAUU